UAAGGUUUAUGUGGGUCUAAUAUCUAAGAGUUUGAGAAUACUCAAAUUCUACAUAGAUAUAUAUGCCUAAUAUCAUUGUAGCAAGACUGAGUAACCUGGUGGUCCAUCACAUUAAUGACAUUUACAAUGAUCUUGUUGAAGGUGAUGUUGGCUUCUGAGUGGAGUAUUGAAUUGUUGAUGCUAAGUUGUGAUAUAAUAAAGCCACUUAGGACUCAGAUUUCUGAAGUAAAAUCUUCAUUAAAAGAAAAUAUAGUAACAUAAAGGCGGUACUUUUUUGUUUUCAGUGAUCAAUGCAUGGCUAUGACACAGUUUCAGCAAAUAUAGCUCCUGGUUUUAUUUGUUAGAUAAAGGAUUACUAGAUGGAGGUGAUGGGCGGAACAUCCUAUGUGGUUAUAAUAUGGGCCUCGAGUUCUACACUAGUAAUCGUUUAGAGCACUAUUUAUUAUAUUUUGACUUGCAUCUGAUUUGUGUAGUAACAGAAAGUUUGAUAUCACUUGUAGAGUAGGUGAUUUUAAUGUUCCAUAUGGAUAACUUAUACAUGUUUCUUUCCAAAAUUUCCAGACAGCCCUUUGAAAUUAUCUAUACCUAAUUGAAUAUGGUAGGCAUGGACAUAACACUUUAACCUUAUUUCAUUAUGUGUAGUGAAGAUGUGACUUAUUUGCAGUAUGUGCAUGUGUAUUGGUUUCCCAUGAACAUCUGGGCUGCAGCGUUCUUAAUUGCCCCUGCCCCGGGUUUUUUGUCAUAUAAAAGAAGACUAGACAAGGUUUUCAAACGCUCAAGAAAUAAACUUGUUUGGGUACUUGAAAUAUUAAGUUUUGAACUGACACAAAAAUGUUCUUGUUAACUUUAUGCAUGUAUGUUUCUUUGCAUAUCUUAUUUUGUAUACAAACUAUCUAGGGAUGUCUUCAUUGAUAUCUAUAAUCUAAGUGUAUUAUGUUCAGUCAAAGAGGACGUGAUGGGAAGAAAAAAGAGGGGGUGAGUUGACUGCAUAAUUUGGAAACUUCAAGCCUAAUGCUGCAAAGGAAUCGGUAAGAGUAGGUCCAAUGAUUUGCUUUUGUAUCUGUACCAUCAGAUUACAAGCCAGUUUGAAUGGAUACCAAGGAUCUAUAUGAUAACUAUACAGGUUAAAGGCAGGGGAUUCCUCUCUUCCCUUUUUAUCCAUUAUAUUGUUGGAAGUAUCAUGCAACAUAGUGCAAAAGUUGAGUAACUGGGAAGGAUUGAGGGCUUCAUGGUGGAAAAGAGUGUGGAAGGGUGAUGUUAUGCAUCAUUGCAAUCCCUUUGUCUUCUUUAUAAGUGUGUUCUGGUUCAUAAUGCACUAUGAUAAUGGUUACAUUUAGUGAAGAUGAUAUGUCUAAUGUCUUAGCUGAUAAUUGGGUUCUUAAGUUGGUAAACUAGCUAUAUGUCUAGUGUCAGAAUUUGACUAUAACUGUCAUGGCAGAACUUUCUUGUGGACAUUAAAGGACCAACUUUGGCAUUUUUGCCUAUACUUGCAUUUGAAGGUGGAACAAGGAGGAACAUACCAAAAUUUGAGUUUGAAAUGGGACGUCAGGGAACCAAGAAGAUGAAUGUUACAAAAGAUAAAGGCAAGCAGGUUGAGGAACUUCAUGACAAUAAUCCAGUAAAACCCGUGAGGCCACCAAGUGAUUUCAUUGCGUACAGGAUUGACUUCGCACGCAAGCAAAAAACAAAGGGAAAUGCAUUAACAAUGAAGGAGCUAAACAUAGCCUCUAGAAAUGCAUGGAACAAACUGAGUGAUGAGGAGAAGCUUGUAUGGAAGAAUGAAGCAGAUAUGAAGAAAUAUAAGGAGCUGAUGAAAAUCUACAAGGAGUCUAUAGCAGACACGGGAAAAAGCAUAAAAAGUGAUGAAACGAAACAAGCAUACAGGUUUAGGUGCACACCAGCUAAAUUUUUAAAGCUUGUGGGGCGUAUUGAUGGGGCAAAAAUAGCUGCAAUAAAAGAAAUAGGUUUUGGUGGAUUAUUGGAGAUCCAAUGCCACAUCCUUCCAAGUAUUAUAUGCAUGUGGUUGGUGAAUAAUUUCAAUCCAACUCACUCAUAUAUACAACUUGAAGGUGGACGUGUACUGCCUGUAACAUCAGAGGAUAUAGCAAAGCCUCUUGGAAUUCCAGGUGAAGGGCCAGUGCCGGUUAAAGAUACUAGAGAUGAUGGAAUUGAUAGCGAACCACAUUAUCCUAGGAAGAAGAAGUAUAAUUGGCAUGAUAUAGAAGAUGAGCUAAUAUCCAUGGAGGUUGGGGAUGAAUUCAAGAGAUUAUUUGUUAUUUUUGCAUGUAAGUGCUUGCUUGCUCCAACAACACGAGUUGAAAUUAAAGCCAAUUUAUGGGAGAGUUUACAAUCAACUUCAGAAAUAGCAAAAUUUAAUUGGGCUGAGUUCGUGAGAGUUGAUUUAUGCAAAAAAUUGUUGAAUAUGCAAAGCAAUGCCCACAAAAAUGUUGGAGGUUGCAUCCUAUUUUUACUGGAUCUGCCCUGUAGCAAAAGCAUGGACUGAUGCUAAUAUAAUGGAAAGAGAAACACUAGAAUUGGGUGGUCUUGGAAAAUUUGGCAAAGGAAAACUAUAGGGUCAAACAAAACGGACAGAGCAGAAGAUGAGGAAGAGGAACCUACUGAGCUUCUAUCGGAUGUGAUUAUCCAGAUGGUGAAUAAUGGACAUGGAGAUAUUGUUGUUCAUCUAGCGACUCUAUAUACAAAAGCUGCAAAUGCCGAGCAGAUAGCGAUUGAGUGUCAACAGAGUGUAAUGAAUAUAGCAAGUAUCCUUUGCUCGCAACGUAGUGCCAUGGCAUUAUCUUCCCAGCCAGCCGUUAGAUCACAAGAAAACAGGUAAAAAAGCGAAUGAUCCAUCAUGAGAAGGCAACGGUUGUUAUAAAGUCUGAUACAGAUAAAUCUGAAUAUGAAAACGACCAAGACGAGACAUGUGUUGGGGAUAGGAAUGAUGAUUUUGGUGAAAAUGUGGCAAAUGAGCCCGAAGAUAAAGAAAAAAAA